AUGGCUCGUGACGAUGGCACCAGCGCCGACCCCAAGGUCGAUGAGGCUCGCAGUCUGCUUGACCAAGAGAUUACGCAACUCAAGCAGUCUAUACACCACCUCAGCGUCCGGCGCAACAUUCUGGCACCAGUCUCACGCCUCCCAGUGGAAAUGCUCACCGAGAUCUUCCUUCAAAGUGCAGAUGAUGAAAGCGAUCCAAUAAGAAAGUACUGGCGCGGUGUGGCCCUUCAAACUGCGCAGCUAUGGACUCGUAUCGAAGUCAAGAACGAGGCGUGGGUUCAACGUCUACUGAAUCUCUCUAAGAACCUUCCGGUCACCGCCUGUUUCGAUGCUCGGUUUGGAUUUACCCCGGAUAACUACCAAGGUGGUCUGUUGCUGGCAGAACAUCCCGGUCGUCUGCGUGGUAUCAGAAUCAUAGUGGCUGCACCAUACGAGACGAUACUGUGUGAUCUACUCAAACAGAUCCCUGCGCCUGCACUGGAAUCUAUAGUAUGGGAAGACACUCAUCGCUCUGAAUCUCAAGAUCCCAACUCGAUUGCAUCCAACUUGUUCAAGGGCAACACGCCUUCACUCAAACGGAUAGACCUCCAUCAUUGCGGCUGGCAAUGGAACUGCAUGCUCUUUCGCAACAGUGUCACGCGUCUGGUCCUUGACAGGAGUUUCACACCGUGCAAUCCGUCACUGCUGCAGCUCGCGAGCGCACUAGUCCGGAUGCCUAUGCUUGAAUAUCUUGAGCUCGAGGACAUUCAAGCUACUCCGCAUCAUUCAGCCUUCCCUAACCCCAUCCCGGAACUGUGCCUAUCCCGCCUCAAGUUUGUUCGCAUCAUUGCUUCCACAGCAUCCUGUGUGAGUAUCCUGUCAGUGCUCUCGGUCAUCCACCCAGAAGCACAGAUAGAACUCGAUUGCACCCUCGAAGAUGACUAUGACACGACACACGUUUGGCGUCUCGGUUACGAGAUACGUGGGCUAUGUCGACGGAGCACGACUACCGAUGAAGGAACGCAGUACCGCAGCUUGAUGAUGCUCGAGCAACCCGAUCCUGAUGAAUUGUGUCUAUAUCUAUACGCUUGGACAGCCUCUCUCGCGACGGAGGUCCUACCAGUCUCUCGCAGUCAAUGUUCUCUUCAAAUUUGUCUACGUCCAGGAUAUAUGCCCUUCACGUACAAAGCGGCGCUCAUAGAAGAUAUACUCAGCGGCGAGUUCCCCUUCGAGAAUGUUGAGUCGCUUCAUUUGGCUCCCCCUCUAACUGAACCCCGACUCGGCAUGUAUAAUUGGGCUGCUAUCAUGCUGAACACCUGCCAGCGUCUCAAAGAACUAUGGCUAGUGGGUGAACUUACCGGAUGCGUGCUCGGAGCUCUCGCUGACUUAUGUGAGCUCAACGGAACCGAAGACGGCGAGUUCGUCCUAUGUCCUCUUCCUCUCCAAACAUUGCAGCUGGUAACUCUCGAGGACGUCGAUUUUGCGAGAUCCGGCCAAGGUGAGGAGUCAGCAAGAGUCCAGCUGUUCCGCAUGUUGGUCCAGCAUCGGACUUGGGGGCAGGGAGAUGUGCAAGUCCGCCUAUGUUUGUGUCAUAACGUCGACAUCAUUGGCCAAGAGAUCCAAGUCUGGAGGAACAUAACUGUAUCGGACGAAAUUAGUUGA